AUGCCACUGAUCGAAUCAGAUGUCCCGGCAGACUCAGAUGGUCUGCCGGACCGUCUCCCAUUUCCCCCGGUUACCUAUUCCCAUAUCAUGCAUUGUUCCUACCAUGACUGGCAUCCUCGCUACCGCACUCUGGCUCCAAAAUCGCGAGUAAUUCCUCUUCCAGAAACCUUUGUAUCCUACCUCCGCGCCGACGGCAUCGUUUUACCCACCGAACAAGCCCCACCAACAGACGAUGACGAUGAAGACACCUUCUCCGACGCCGGCGACGAGGCGGCACCCGACCCGUCCGCAGAGUGGCGGGAUAUUCACACGCAGAUUAAGGAAACCAUCAGCGAGUUCGGGGGCUGGGUCACGCCGAAGCUUAACUGGAGUUCACCGAAAGACGCAACUUUCAUGAACGCCACCAACGACACGAAGUGCCGCACGCCGAACGAUAUCUACCUCCUCCUGAAAAGCAGCGACUUCAUCACGCAUGACUUGGAACAUCCGUUCGAUGGCUGCGUUCCAGACACAACAACAGCAAAUGCCACUCCACCCCAAGUACCCUACCACCUCAUCCUCCGCAAAUACGUCAACUUCAACCCAUCUCUCGAAUUCCGGUGCUUCGUCCGCAAUCGGACCUUGCUCUGCAUGACCCAGCGGGACCCGAACCAUUUCGACUUUCUGUUCCCGAUGCGAGAUGCGUUGCGGUCUCGCAUCCAGUCCUUCUUCGACGAGAAGCUGCGGGAUACCUUCCCCGAUCCCAAUUUUGUGUUUGAUGUGUAUCUCCCGCCGCCGCAUCAGCGGGUGUGGUUGAUCGAUAUUAAUCCAUGGGCUCAGCGCACGGAUCCAUUGCUAUUCAGCUGGUUAGAAAUUCUACAGAUGAAGGACCCCGUGGGUAUUGUUGAAGAUGAUGAUGAGACAGAGGGCUUUGUUCGGCUCUCGCUUCAUGAUGGGAGUAUUAUUACCUCGGGCCCGAAUGGAAUCGACGAAGGCACCGAGUCGGAGGACGAGGAAGAAGAAAGUGGUGACGAUGGUGACGAUGACGAUCUUGCACCCUUUUUGCCGGAGCUCCGUCUGGUGAAGAAAGAUGAUCCGGAGGCAUAUGCGUUCAACUCGGCGCAGUACUCGGCGCAUAAGGUACCCAAGGAUGUGGUUGAUGCGUCUCUAGCUGGACCUGGUGGGAUGAGCGAGUUUAUGGGCCAGUGGCACCAGAUUUUGCAGAAACAGAUGGAUGAAGAGCGCGCGGCCGGCAGUGAGUCGGACUAA